AAUAAACUUCAAGGUUUGAAUCAUGGUAAUUUGGUAACCCUUUUUUGGGUCUACAUUUUCAUCACAAGCAUUCCCAACCUCCACUUUACCCACUUGAAUCAUAUCACUUCAAGGUGGCUGGUUCCAUUUCAACUCACAAAGAGAGUACAGAUCUUCAAAGUUCAAACUUGAUUGAGCUCACUCUGGGAAAUGCAAAUGAAAAUGGGUUAUGGAGUGUGGGGUUUCUUCAUUUUGACCACAUUUUUAUUCUGUUCUUCCUCUCUUGCUCUCACCCAAGAUGGUUUGGCCUUGUUGGAAAUGAAAAGCACAUUGAAUGACACAAAAAAUGUUCUCAGCAACUGGCAAGAGUUUGAUGAAUCUCCUUGUUCAUGGACUGGUAUCUCAUGUUACCCUGAUGCUGAACAAAGAGUUCGCUUCAUAAAUCUUCCAUACAUGCAACUUGGAGGAAUCAUAUCUCCCAGCAUUGGCAAACUCACUAGACUACAGAGAUUGGCACUUCAUGAGAACAGCUUGCAUGGGAUUAUUCCUUAUGAAAUCACUAAUUGUACUGAGCUAAGAGCGCUGUACUUAAGGGGUAACUAUUUCCAAGGUGGAAUACCAGCAGCUAUUGGAAAUCUAUCUUUUCUAAAUAUACUUGAUUUAUCAAGCAACACAUUGAAAGGUGCUAUACCUUCCUCUAUUGGCCGUCUCUCCCAUUUGCAAGUUCUGAAUUUGUCUACCAACUUCUUUUCUGGAGAAAUCCCUGACAUUGGAGUUCUAAGCACCUUUGGGAAGAACUCGUUUAUUGGCAAUCUAGAUCUUUGUGGGCGACAGGUCGAAAAACCAUGCCGAACAUCACUUGGCUUCCCUGUGGUGCUACCCCAUGCUGAAAGCGAAGAAGAUGCAGUCCCUCCCAAAAAAUCUUCACAUUACAUUAAGUGGUUGGUAAUUGGGGCAAUGUCAACAAUGGGGAUUGCACUUGUGAUAAUCCUAUCAUUACUGUGGGUCCGGUUGCUAUCGAAGAAGGAAAGAGCUGCUAGGAGAUACACAGAAAUGAAGAAACAAGUUGAUUCAGAAUCAAGAGCAAAACUUAUUACAUUCCAUGGUGAUCUUCCAUACGCAUCAUCCGAGAUCAUAGAGAAGCUGGAGUCUCUUGAUGCAGAGGAUGUAGUAGGAUCAGGAGGAUUCGGGACUGUUUACCGGAUGGUGAUGAAUGAUUGUGGCACAUUUGCUGUCAAGCGGAUUGACAGAACUCGUGAAGGGUGUGAUCAAGUGUUUGAGAGGGAACUUGAGAUCUUGGGGAGCAUCAAGCAUAUAAAUCUGGUAAACCUGCGCGGUUACUGCAGGCUCCCUUCUUCGAGGCUCCUUAUAUACGAUUAUUUGGCCAUGGGAAGCUUAGAUGAUCUCUUGCAUGAAAAUACUCAACAACCACUGAAUUGGAACGAUCGCUUAAAUAUAGCCCUUGGUUCUGCCCGGGGUUUGGCGUACUUGCACCAUGAGUGCUGUCCCAAAGUUGUACACCGCGACAUCAAAUCUAGCAAUAUUCUCCUUGAUGAAAAUUUGGAGCCUCGUAUUUCUGAUUUUGGUCUUGCAAGGCUUUUGGUCGAUGAGGAGGCUCAUGUCACCACAGUGGUUGCUGGCACAUUUGGCUAUUUGGCACCAGAGUACCUACAAAGUGGUAGAGCCACUGAAAAGUCAGAUGUGUAUAGCUUUGGAGUUCUAUUGCUAGAACUUAUAACUGGAAAGAGGCCUACUGAUCCUUCCUUCGCAAAGCGAGGUUUAAAUGUUGUUGGUUGGAUGAACACAUUGCUGAGAGAAAACAGAUUGGAUGAUGUGGUAGACAAAAGAUGCACCAAUGUGGAUGCAGGGACUCUUGAGGGGAUUCUUGAUAUAGCAGCAAGAUGCACGGAUGGAAAUGCGGAAGAACGUCCAUCGAUGAAUGAGGUGUUACAGUUGCUUGAGCAAGAAGUUAUGUCUCCUUGUCCUAGCGAAUUCUACGAGUCUCAGUCAGAUCGCUGAGACGCUGACAAACAAAAAUCGAAGUAGUCCUUAAUUGUUGGUAGUGCUAGUGCUACUGCUACUGCAUAAGUAUUCUAGUUUUGUCAGUGCUUCAUGCCACUCUUUGUGGCUUUUUGUAGAUUUUGUUGUAUGUUCCAGUGACAAAUGAGAAUUGGUGCAACUAAGUGGCUUUGUGAAUACAUUUGCCUCAUUCUCUUCUUGUAGCAUUGAAGAGAGACAAUUUGGACAUUGCAGUGGGUUUGGUGUUUGGAAUUA